GAAUCGGCUCCGCACAUCUCCGAUCACAGUCAACUCAACUCCACCAUGGCCGACAACGAUUCCACCUCCACCGCUACCGCUACCGCAGCAGCCUCUCCGAUCCCCAAAUCCCCUGAAGUUCGAAGAUGGGCUGACGAGCCCGACGACGUCCCGGAGGAGCCUGAAGCACCGUCCACUUCCUCGGACACCGCUACCGCUGAACUGGGCUCUCUCUCAAUCGAUGAGUCUAAAAAAGUUAACAAUUUCCUCGAUGAUCCUGAAGAUUCCAACAUUCAAGCUGUUACCGCCGGAGAGACACCGUAUACUUCUGCUAUGAGAUUUGAGGAAUUGAAUAUUUCUCCGGAGUUAUUGAAAGGAUUAUACGUCGAGAUGAAGUUUGAGAGGCCGAGUAAGAUUCAAUCAAUAAGUUUGCCAAUGAUACUAACUCCACCUUUCAAGAAUUUGAUUGCUCAGGCGCACAAUGGUUCUGGCAAGACAACUUGUUUCGUUCUGGGUAUGUUGAGUCGCGUUGAUCCGAAGCUACCUUAUCCUCAAGCACUUUGUAUAUGCCCAACCAGAGAAUUGGCAAUCCAGAAUAUGGAAGUGCUAUUGAAGAUGGGAAAGUUUACUGGGAUAACAUCGGAAUUAGGUCUUCCUGCAGAUAAAGCUAAUUAUAGAUCGACCUACAAGACACCAGUGACAGCGCAAGUAAUUAUUGGCACACCUGGUACAAUUAAUAAAUGGAUUGCAAUCAAGAGGCUGGCUACAUCUAAUUUGAAGAUUCUUGUGUUUGAUGAGGCGGACCAUAUGCUGGCAGAGGGCGGUUUUAAAGAAGAUUCCUUGAGGAUAAUGAGGGACAUCGUCAAAAGCAGUUCCAGAUGCCAGGUGCUACUAUUUUCUGCUACCUUUAAUGACACUGUGAAGGCUUUUGUAUCGAAAAUUGUGAAAGAUCUUUUUGUACAAGAAUACAAUCAAUUGUUCGUAAAGAAGGAAGAACUGUCUUUGGAUUCCGUCAAGCAGUAUAAAGUCAAAGUACCUAACGAGCCUUCAAAGAUUAUGGUUAUUAAGGACAAAAUAAUGGAAUUAGGACAAAAGGUUGGGCAGACGAUUAUAUUUGUUCGGACAAGAAGAAGUGCUGGUAUGUUGCAUGAGGAACUUAGUAAGUAUGGCUAUGAGGUAACAACAAUUCAAGGUGCUCUUAAUCAAGAAGAUAGAGAUAAGAUAGUGAAGGAGUUCAAAGAUGGGAUGACUCAAGUUUUAAUAUCAACCGAUGUUCUUGCUCGGGGGUUUGAUCAAUCACAGGUUAAUUUGGUAGUUAAUUUUGAUCUGCCAAUAAGACAUGAUUUUCCGUCAGAGCCUGACUAUGAAGUAUACUUGCACCGGAUAGGUAGAGCAGGACGGUUUGGCCGCAAGGGAGCUGUAUUCAACUUGCUGUGUGAUAAUAGAGACGCCAUGAUCAUGGAAAAAAUCGAGAGGCACUUUAACCAUUAUGUUACCGAGGUGCCCUCCUGGGAUAGUGAUGAACAGUUUGAGGAUGCAUUGAAGAAAGCUGGUUUGAUGUAAAGAUUUAAUAUAUUUUGCCUAAACUGCUGUUUAUCGGAUCAGUUUUGUGUACGACUAGAUUGAGAUUGUUGUUUACGUAUCUUAAAUGUGCGAGAUUGGCAUCUAUGUAAAGACCCUUUUGGAACCUCCAGUUUGAUCAGGUCUUUCUGGUGUUACUUACACUUGUAUUCAUGCUUUAUGAGAAUCACUAGUUCAGCAAUUGUGUUUUAGUACAA